UUGUGUUCGGAUUUAGAGUCGCGUGUUGCGCGAGGUUCGGUAAAGCACGCGUGUUAAAAGUUUCUCAUCUCAGGUAGAGCCAGCCGCAUCAUCGCAUUUUGGAAUAAUCGCAAAAUGGUGACCAAGCGUCUGUUGGUCUUGUUGCUGAUAUUCCUGUCAUGCGUGUGCGUAUCGUGUUUUCCGAAAAGAGUUCAUAUAGCGGGACUGUUCCACGAAGAUGAAGCCAUCCAGCGGACGUUCGAAUCAUCGGUAAAAGCGAUCAACAAAGAAAGGCAUGAGAAUGAAGAACUCUCAAACGUUUACCUGAUACCAGAAACAUUUGAAAUUGAAAUGGACCCGUUUGAGGUAGCGGUAAAAGUAUGCGACCUGGUAAACGGAGUGGGCAUAGUUGGGAUCUUCGGACCGCAGGAAAAAGAGUCUGCAGAGCACGUGCAAAGCAUAUGCGAUACCAUGGAAAUACCACAUAUCUCGAUACGACAGGAUUCUGGUCAACCGCUUCACCUACGUGGAUUAGGUCUGAAUCUAUACCCGCACGUGAGCGCUUUAUCACGAAUAUAUGACCAACUCGUCACUGAAUUCGAAUGGAAAGCCUUUGCAGUACUGUACGAGAACACCGACAGUCUGAUUCGUCUACAUCUCCUGCUGAAACGUUGGGACGCCCAAGGCAACUCUGCUUUCGUAUACCAUUUAGGCUACGGACCAAACUAUAGGCAAGCGAUGCAGGAAAUCAAAAUAUCGGACAUCGAGAAUAUUAUCAUCGAUUGUUCAUCCGAUAUACUUGAAGAGGUUCUCAGACAGGCCCAACAAGUUGGCAUAUUGUCCAACAGACACAGAAUAAUUGUGACUUCUCUGGAUCUGCAAACCUUGGAUUUAGAGCCAUAUCAAUAUUCCGGCGUCAAUUUCACUGGCUUGCGUCUAAUUGAUCCUGAAGAUCCGAUAGUGCAACAAACUUUGGACAAGCAUAAAAACGAAUGGGGCUUAGAUGAUCCUUCGCAGCUAAGAGUCGAACCUGCGCUCAUGUAUGACGCCGUGCAAUUAUUCGCAAGAGCUUUCAAGCAAUUGAAGGAUGCUACCAAAGGCGACGUCAAGAAAUUGCAAUGCGAUGGUAGUGACAGGUGGGAACACGGACUGAGUUUGAGCAACUUUAUGCGGUCGACAGAGACGAGAGGAUUGACAGGUCUUGUCAAGUUUGAUAGAGAUGGCUUUCGAAGCAACAUACAAUUAGAUAUAGUGCAUUUAACCGAAAAUGGUCUGACGAAGAUCGGCGUGUGGAACAGUACACCGGGAAACAGCAUCAAUUGGGUAUCGGAUAACACGAAGAGUACACAAAUUGAACAAAGCUUGCAAAACAAGACAUUCAUAGUUUUAAUAUCCUUGACGCAUCCGUACGGCUACCAAAAGGAAUCUUGGACAAAACUCAUUGGCAACGAUCGUUAUGAAGGCUUUGCGAUCGAUAUCAUACAACAGAUCAGCGAAAUACUCGGCUUCAAUUACACUUUGCAAGUGGAAUCUGAUUAUGGAUCAUUAAAGAACGGGAAAUGGUCGGGGAUGCUUGGUAAAAUUAUGUCGGAUGAAGCGGAUCUUGCCAUCACAGAUUUGACCAUCACAUCUGUACGAGCAAGUGCAGUCGAUUUUACAAUGCCGAUCAUGAAUUUAGGAAUAAGUUUAUUAUAUCGCAAGCCGACAAAGACCCCUCCAAGUUUAUUGUCGUUUUUAUCACCGUUUUCGAAUGAUGUGUGGAUAUACUUGAUUGGCGUCUACAUAGUAGUCUCGCUUACCAUUUUCGUUGCGGGAAGACUUUGUCCCGCCGAAUGGAAUAACCCUUACCCUUGCAUCGAGGAAGCCGAGGAGCUUGAGAAUCAAUUCACCCUCAAGAACUCGUUUUGGUUCGCGAUUGGCGCUAUCAUGCAACAAGGAAGUGAGAUCGCACCCAUUGGUAUUUCGACGAGGAUGAUGGCUUCCUUUUAUUGGUUCUUUUGCCUGAUCAUCGUCUCUUCAUACACGGCUAAUUUGGCUGCGUUCUUGACCGUGGAAACCGUGACAUCGCCUUUCGACAAUGUCGAAGAAUUAGCUCGUAAAAAAACGAUUAAAUAUGGUGCAAAAUAUAAAGGAGCCACUUUCAAUUUCUUCAAAGAUAGCAAUCAUUCAACCUACCGACAGAUGUAUGAAUAUAUGCUCGCAAAUAUGGAUGACGUACUGCCAUUCGAAAAUGACGCUGGCGUGAAAAAAGUGAAAGAGGAAGAUUAUGCUUUUCUAAUGGAAUCCAGCUCGAUCGAGUACAUUGUAGAACGAGAAUGCGAGUUGACACAAAUUGGAGGCCUGCUGGAUGAGAAAGGCUAUGGCAUCGCUAUGAAAAGACAUUCGCCGUAUCGACACAAUUUUAACAGUGCCAUUUUAAAAUUAUCUGAAGGUGGUUUGAUAACAGAGAUGAAGAAAAAGUGGUGGACGCAAAAAAGAGGUGGAGGCAAAUGUCGGGAAAACGGUGGAGCUAGCUCAGCAGAAGAGCUUGAUCUCGAUAACGUGGGUGGUGUAUUCUUGGUUCUAACAGUUGGCGUUGCUCUCUCUACUGUGUACACCGUAAUCGAGUUACUUUGGGACGUUGCCCAAACAUCCAUCCGAGAAAAUGUGUCCUUCAAGGAUAAAUUAAUAAGCGAGGUGAAAUUUAUCUUGAAGUGCAGCGGUUCUAAACCGGUGCAAAGAAAGAAUGGAUUGUCCAGCAAAAGCGGAAAUGGCAGUACCAGAGAAUGCACCCCUCCGUAUGCUUUUGUACCGACAGUAAUAAGAACGUCACCAUCUGACGACAAAUAACGAUGACAUAAGUAUUGGAUAAUUAAAGUCGUUUACACAGAUUUACUAUUUUAUUGUUUACAAUGAUGUGUGAUAUCGAAUAAAACUUUAAACCAGCACAAGUUAUAUCGUAAGCAAUCUUACGCAUUUUAGAACACUUGUAUCGAACAAACGAAUCGUAAGUAAUAAAUAAUAUAUAGAACUGUUUUCACAAA